AUCUGCGGUGCCGGAGUUGUGAAAGGGUUCGAAGGGAAGCAGCAGUUUCAGCUUCUCGGCGGCGGUGCUAACUCUGUCGCCGGCGGCUACACGAAAGGAGACGACCUUGGUGGUGAAAUCGUCGGCACUUUCGUCCUUGUCUACACCGUGUUCUCUGCCACCGACGCCAAUCAGCAGGGCAGUAUUCGAAACGACACCGCGUUGCAGCUGAUGUACAGAAUCGAUGUCGCCGGGCAAGGUAUCUCUCCCGACGGCGGCACCGGGAUGUAUCGGCAAUGGAGCCCCGACGAUAAAUACCUCAACAUCGAUCCUCCUCCGAGCUCUGUUUACUACAAUGACUCGGUUCCCCUGAACUCCAUUUACAGUAACGACUCGAUUCAGCUGCAGUACAGAAACGAGAUCCAUAAGCUCGUCGCGCCGGCGACCGUUUACAAAACUGCCCGGGGGAUGUCGAACAUCAGCGAAUUGAACCUGCAGUACAAUCUCACAUGGAGUUUCCCCGUCGAUCCUUCGUUUACAUACUUUGUUCGGCCCCAUUUUUGUGAGAUUCAGCCACCUAUCAACGGCCAGGAUAACAGGGCUUUCUGGAUCUACAUCGCAAAUCGAACCACUGGGUCUUAUACGGAUGUGAUUCAAAAAGUCAGCGGGAAUGGAUUCACCAUGUUCAAAGACUACUUGGUGAGAAUUGAAGCUGAGGAAGAGAAGAAGCAAUUGCCCUUGUUCGUUGCUCUGCAUCCUUUCCCAGAUAACAGCGCCCACUACAAUUCGAUUCUGAACGGAGCUGAGAUCUACAAAUUGAGCCGGUCGGGUAGUUUGGCCGGACCGAAUCCCGACCGCCCACCCAACCCAUCGUCGCCGGAUCCGUCUUCCUCCUCCUCGACUUCCAGCCCGACUAGAUUAAUCCUCAUUGUCGCCGGCGGCGUCGUGUUAGGUCUCGCCGUGGUCUCUCUCCUGCUACUCUUCAUCUUACGGCGGACGCGGAAAUCCAAAUCCUCAUCGAAUUACAUCGGCGCCGGAUCGGCUUCCAAAUCAAUGCUACCAUACUCUUCCUUCGCAUCAACCAACCAGACAUCCACCUCAAAUCUCCCCUCGGAACUUUGCCGCCGAUUCUCUCUCUCGGAGAUGAAAUCCGCAACGAGAGGCUUCGACGACAACUUCAUCAUCGGAGUGGGAGGCUUCGGCGACGUGUACAAGGGGCUGAUCAACUCAUACGUUGAAAUUCGCCGACGAUAG